UUUAGCACUACUUAGAUAGUAUAACCAUUUUACAUAAUUGUAAACUGCAACUCUACGUAAUUAUAAUUUUAAAAUGAUUAAUUAAAACUAUUAACGCUUAAUUGGAUAUUAAUACUGCUUCCAAAACAUAAAUCUACAAAUAAUUAGUUGUCGCUGCUAGCGUCAUCUAGUAAAACAAUCACCUCUUUGGACAUGAAAUUACCUACUUUAACAUUUUUAAUUAUGUAUUAUAUAUUAUUUGUUUGUAAAAUAGCGAUUGUAUUUUAUUUUUAAAACGUUAAAUAUGUUUAACCUACUAACAAACACAAUUUCUACUGUUUUUUAUUGUUUUACAUUAAUUAAUCUACACGAUAAUGGAACAAUGCAUUUUACAAAGCCUGUAUUAAAAAUGUUGCUAGUGUCUUAAUGAUGACAAACAAUUUAAAAUAAAUACACGUUAUGAUUUAAAAUUUACAUGGUCAAUAUAAAGGUACUGUUUUUAAUUAUAGUUAUAUAAUCAAUGACUUGAAGUUUGUUGAAUGUAAAUUUAAAAUAAAAUGGAGUGAAAGUAUACUCGGUGUUAACAUCACAAAAUAAUUACACAAACUACAGACGCCGCGAAAUGUAUUAACAAUCUGUGGGUCUCGUUUGUCAAAUUAUUGAUGCGGUGGUUUGAAUCACGUUUGAAUUUAAGUGCGAAGCUUCGCAUUUCCAUAAAAUUUUAUUAAUUCGGCAUCGUAUUUCUCAAAUGAAUUAGUGUGUUGUGUAGUUUCAGAAAUAGGUUUGUGAUAUUAAGUGCGUCAUCAUGGUUUUGGCCGAAAGAAGUAAUGAUGUUCGAAACGGGAAGCGAUCAAGGGGGCCAAGCCCCAAUGGCCAUGGAAGUCCUGACUCCAGUUCUGAAGAUGAGAAUGCCGAGAAGAUCAGAGUGGGUAGAGACUAUCAGGCAGUGUGUCCAGAGCUGGAGCCAGUUGAGCAAAGGAGGCCUGAACUUAUAUCAGAUAGAGCGCUUUUGGUGUGGUCUCCUACUACUGAUAUUUCUGACAUAAAAUUGGAUGAGUACAUAACAACAGCUAAAGAGAAAUAUGGUUACAAUGGUGAACAGGCACUUGGUAUGUUGUUUUGGCACAAACAUGAUUUAAGCAGGGCUUCUAUGGAUCUAGCCAACUUCACACCUUUUCCUGAUGAAUGGACUGUUGAAGAUAAAGUAUUGUUUGAACAAGCGUUUCAAUUCCAUGGAAAAAGCUUUCAUAGGAUACGGCAAAUGUUACCAGAUAAAUCAAUAGCAUCACUGGUAAAAUAUUAUUAUUCAUGGAAGAAAACCAGAGCUCGUACUUCAUUAAUGGAUGUAGCAGGUGAGGGUCGAAAUGCUACAAGUUCUGGUACAGGGAAGUCUGGAGCCGGCUCAGAACCAGGUGGUUCCGACAAAGAAUCUGACAAUGAUGAGAAGGUACAACAAAAUAAACAACAGUUAAGUGCUAUGAAACGCAAAGUAGGCGAUGCGGGAGUUGAAGACUUGAGGCCUGGCGAGCCACCGGCGAAAAUAAAUUCACGUUGGACUAAUGAAGAGUUACUAAUGGCCGUCACAGCUGUCAGAAAAUAUGGUAAAGAUUUCCAAGCUAUUGCGGAGACACUGGGUACUAAGACAGAGGCGCACGUUCGAUCGUUCUUCAUAUCGUAUAGACGCCGCUACAAUCUGGACGCGGUAGUACGAGAGCACGAGGCAGAUCGCGGUAACGCGCAUCACAUACAAGCCGGCACAACGAGCACAGACGCGUCAGAGAACGCGACUGAUAGCACAACCACAAAUAAUGGCACAGCUUCGCCGCAAACAACCUCCAAAGACGAAAAGCCGGAGGUGGACAGCGAGGGCGUAUCGCUGGGCGCCCCCGCGGAGCAGGGCGGGCCCCCCACCACGCCGCCCAAACACAAGCCCGCCAAGUGACCCCCGCGCGCACACGCACACGCGCACGCGCACGCACACAACCGGCAUAGGU